AUGUCGCUACCACCAGAGCAGAUUAAUAUCAAGCGUCGCCGGGAGGAGGAGCCGGUUGAGACUCUCUACAUCCAGUCCGCGACACGCCAAACCAAGCGCCGAUUCACCGAUUAUGUCUUCGAGCGUGUCACACUAAGCCGUAAAGAUGUCGCGGCUACCGAAUCGACUCCGCUUCCACCAGGGAACCCCGCCGCCCAACGACUCCUACGCACCCCCCGCUCCGUGAGCAGCUUGCACAUUCCCAACCGUCGCGCGGCGGCAGCGGCAGCGGCAGCAGCAACACAGCCGACAAAUUCCAACGGAAUUCCCGUGGUACGAGCAACUUCUCCGGGUGCAGAGAUUCGAGAAGCCCAUCGCCUAGCGGCAGCACGAAAAGACGCCGAGGAAAAGCGUCAACGUCUUCUACAAACUCCGCCGCAGCCUCCCUCGGCAGCGCAUUCGACGCCGAGCCAAGCUCCAUCUACUCCUCCCGAGCAGGAACAGGAGAGAGGAGGAGAAAUACUCUCUGUGCCGGGCCUGUCGAGCCGUGCGCAGUCCCUUCGUCGAUUCCAAAUCUCUCGCUCCAGCAGUCCCAGUCUUGGUGCGCCCGGUACGAUUGGAGGAGGAAUCCAGAAACGACGCACUGAUGGCGCAGCGCCGGGUGUGGCGGUUCUCGUGGAACAGCUUCGUCGUCAACCACAUUCUCGCAAAGCGUCUAUGGUUGCGGGACUGGUCGACCAAGCUCGUCUCGAUGCAUCCGUCAACAAUGAAGAGUCCGACAAUGCUCCCGUCAAACCACGGAAACGACCUGUCGUCAAUCAGGCCGAGAAGAAAUGGCGUGCGGAGCGUCAGAGUGCCAUCAACGCUGCCAAGCAGCAUCUGUCCGAGGUGUUGGACAAAUCGGCUCGUCAGACGAAUCACACCACCUGGGAAGAAGAGUCGGAGCGCCUUGCGAAGGAUUUUGAACAAGUUGCGCUGGAGUUGGAGCAGGAGCAGGAUCGGGCACGGGGGCAUGAGAUGGAGCUCGAUGAUCACGCUAUGGACAUGACGACUGAGCAGCAGCCACGAAUCGUACCGCCACCGAUCUCCUCGCCAAAGCCGAUGAAGUAUCAGCCCCGGCCACCGAAACAGCCUCGCGCGAUAGCUCGACCUGCAGCUUCUCAGACGGAGAUGGAGGGCGUCGUGGCUGGAGUCGGGGCUGGAGCCGAGACUGGGUCUGGGGCAAGCUCUGCUCUGGCUGAAGAGGAUGAGGAUGACUACGUCUACGAUGUGUACAUUCGUCGACCAUUAUCCGAGCGUGAAAUGCUCACCAACCCUCUAGCCGAGCUUGAAAGCGAACAACAGCUGCAACAGAUUGAAGCGGCGAAUCGGGGCAUUGGUGUCAUUGUGAUCACCGCAGAGGAUGAAGAAUACUGGGAGAACUUUGUGGAAGAUGAGGAGGAGGAAUGGGACAGUGAAGACGCGGAUUCGAAUGCUGAAAAUAACCCUGCGAAUGAAUACCCCGACGAGGAGCUGUCUUCCUCUGACGAGGAGGAUGAUCCGACGGCCAUCUAUCGCAAAUACCGACAUCGUGCCGCCUCGGAUGAUGAGGAGUACGACAUUGAUGACUCGGGGAGUGAGGGAGGGGCUCCCUUUGGAUCAAAAUAUGGGUUUUCACAGCGGUACGCUGGGGAUGGAGAUUCCGACGAGGAUAGCUAUUGA